ACCCUCCCCUUGCGUAAGCGCCGCGCCACGUCAUCACCCCACCCACCCCGCUCUCCUCUUUGCUUCCGCUCCCCCGCAACGCAUCCCGCUUCACGCAGAUUCGAUUCGAUUCCAUUUCGAUACCAUUCCAUGGCCGCCGCCGCCGCCGCCGCGGGUGGCCCGCGGCCGCGAUGAGCCCCGACGCGGCCGGGGCGGGCCCACCGUCGUCGGAGCUCGCCCGCGUCGGCAGCCUCGGGGGGAGGCUCGUGGCCGCCGACGAGGCCCGCGCGUGCCUCGCCCGCCGCCUCCACGCCGCGCUCCAGGUGAGGGAGGAGUCGCGGCGGCAGGGCGCGGCGCUGGACGAGAUGCGGGCGCGGGUGGAGCUCCGGCGGGCGCGGGUGGGGGAGUUGCUGGUCGCCAGGAGGGACGCGGCCCGGGGCGUCGACCGCCGCAGGGAGCAGCUCCAGGCGCAGAUCGACCGCGUGCUGCGCCUCUCCGGCGCCGUCGCCGCCGCGAGCCGGCGGCUGCAGGAUGCGAAAGAAGCGUUGUCUGGAGAGAAGGCGCGGCUUGGGGAUUUGCAGAGGCUGUUAAGGAUGAGGCAGCAGAGUAUGAUUGGCCAGGUUGCUGCAUUGUACCCUGUGAAGGUAUUCCAUGAUCUGCCGCAUGGGCGAAACCUCAAUUCCAAUACUAAUGGAGCACAUAGGUCUCUUUCGGAAGAAAAUGGAACACUUCCAGAAGAGAAUGGAACACAUCUACUCAAUGUUAUCAAACUACCACAAAUACAUGCUUUGACAUUUUUGGGUUGGCAAAUUGGUAAGCAAAGAAGAAAACAAAAUGAUAUAUGUGAGAAGGAUCUUCAGCGGUCCGCAGCUGUUCUGGGAUAUGCAGCGCAUGCAAUUUUGCUCAUAGCCUCCUAUCUUCAUGUUCCCCUCCGAUACCCUUUGCACUUUGGAGGAUCGCGAUCUUAUGUGAGUGAUUGUUUGCCUUCAGCUGAAACAGCAUCCAUUGCUUCAGCAGAGCGUACAUGUAUCAACAUGACCGACCCAAAACUGACAGUUUACCCCCUUUUCGUGGAAUGUCAAGAAGAUGACCCCACUAAGGCAUCCUAUGCAAUCUACUUGUUGCACAAGAGCAGCUUUUGAACUACAUUGGAGCUGAGAGCUCUGGAAGGCGCGUAUUUGAUAAUCUGCAAGAGCUUAUUAGGAUCAUACAAUCGGAUGAGUAUGUAUACAGUUGAUCUAUUCUGCGGUAACUGUAUUCUUGGAGUCUUUGCGAUGUAGAGAUGGUGUUCAUACACAUGUAAAAAUAGGGUUUCUUUGUGUUCUUUUAUUGUGAUUCUUGCCUUCUUUCGGUGUGCCGAGUUUUUGUAUGCACAGGAAAGAGGUGCAUUGGGUGUUUUUUUGCUAGAUGAAAAUGAAUGAAAUGAUAUUUACAUA